CAUUCAAUUCAAAACCUUUUUCUUUGCUUAUAAAAAACAAGUAGCAGCAGAAGAAGAGAGAGAAGACGAAGAGUGGCUGCUACUCCAAUAUACAUUUGUUCACUCCUCCCCCUUCCUAUCUUCUUCUAUAUAUAUCCAGCUUAAGCUUAAGCUCAAGCUCAGAGGCAAAGCAAAGCAAACCCACCCUUUCCCUUGUACGGAAUCUUCGAGAUCUCGAGGUCAACCCCGUCGUUUCUUCCUCUCUUCCUCUCUUCCUCUGUGCCCCCGGAAGGAGCUCCUGCUUCUUGCAUUGCGAGAGAUAUAGCCAUCGUCGUUGUUCGGAAGGUUUGUUUGGCGUGAGUUCUUUCUUGGGUGUUCUUUCCUUUUUAUUUUCUGGGGGAAAAGGAGAAAAUGGAGAGGAGCACGCCGGUGAGGAAGCCUCACACUUCGACUUCAGAUCUGCUCACGUGGUCGGAGACUCCGCCUCCCCACGAUUCGGUCGCGCCUUCUUCUCGCUCCAAUGCUCGCUCUCACCAGCCUUCGGAUGGGAUCAGCAAGGUGGUGUUUGGAGGUCAAGUGACUGCAGAGGAAGCUGAGAAUUUGAACAAAAGGAAACCUUGUUCUGGCUACAAGUUGAAAGAAAUCACCGGUAGUGGGAUUUUUGCUGCCAAUGGGGAGGAUGAUUCAUUAGAGCCUGGAAGUGCUAACCUUGCUUCAAAUAACAAAACAGGAUUAAAGAUGUACCAGCAAGCCCUUGCUGGCAUGAGUCACAUCUCGUUUGGUGAAGAAGAAAGCAUUUCUCCCAAAAGGCCUACCACCCUUCCUGAGGUUGCAAAGCAGCGAGAAUUGAGUGGAACGUUGGAAAGCGAGUCCGAUGCAAAGUUGAAAAAGCAAAUAUCUGAUGCCAAGUGCAAGGAAUUGAGUGGACAUGAUAUUUUUGCUCCUCCUCCAGAAAUUUUGCCUAGGCCAUUGGCUGCACGGGCAUUGGACACAAAUCAAGACAUGGGAGAACAUGCACCACGCCAUGUCCGGACUUCUGUUAAAGUCUCUAAUCCUGCUGGAGGUCAGAGCACUAUUAUUUCCAAUGAGGAAUCUGUGAUGAAAACUGCCAAGAAAAUCUAUGACAAGAAAUUUUCCGAGCUCUCUGGAAACAACGUCUUCAAGGGUGAUGCGCCUCCAACGUCUGCGGAGAAAUCACUGAGUUCGGCUAAAAUGAGAGAGAUUAGCGGCAAUGACAUCUUUGCCGAUGGAAAGGCAGAGUCUAGAGACUACUUUGGUGGCGUCCGCAAGCCUCCAGGCGGCGAGAGCAGCAUUGCGUUGGUUUAACCAAGCUUAGGCCUAACAGUUUUAUGUUUCAAUUUGUGUUAUUCCUAGUGGGAUUUGGUCGCAUUUUACACUUCUGGAGUGUGGGGUUUGGGAAUUGUGUUUUAGUUUUGAACUUAUUGACUAGAUGUACGAACUGUUUGCAGACCGGUAUGUUGAUAACAUUGGUUUCUUCA